UUUAAUUUGAUUCAGGUGUGUUGAAGGAAUACAUUGAUAUCCUGCUGGAUUGUGGCUUUUGCAGGACAGGACUUGAGCCAUCAUCUUGCUGCUUAUCUGUGGUGGUCCAGACUUGUGGCCCUCUCCCUGGCCACUUCUUCCAGCUCACCCGGGGGAAUCCCGAGGCAUUCCCAGGCCAGCCUAGAAAUGAACUCCCUCCAGAGCAUCCUGGGUCUUCUGCAAGGUCUUAUCCCAUACUGGAGGCAUCCUAAUCAGAACCUGAACCACUUCAUCUGGCUCCUCUCAAUGUGUCGGAGGCACGGUCUUGGUCAGCUCAAAUUUCAAGAUGGAACCUGCUACACUGGCUAUUUUGAGAAUGGACUCUUUCAUGGCUCUGGUGUACUGAUUUUUACAGAUGGAUCCAGGUACGAAGGAGAAUUUGCACAUGGAAAGUUUCACGGAACAGGAGUCUUCAGUCGAUAUGAUGGCAUGAAAUUUGAAGGCGAAUUCAAAGAUGGGCAGGUUGAGGGACAUGGGUUAUUGACUUUCCCAGAUGGAACUCAUGGUGCUCCACGAAAUGAGGGCUUGUUUCAAAACCAUAAGCUGCAGAAAAGGGAGAAAUGUCCAGGAGUGGUGCAACGUGCACAGGCUUCAGCCUCCAGCGCUCACAGUCUAACACUUUGACAGUCCUGGAACCCAGGAGGAAACACAAGCAGAGUUCCAGGACCUUCCAGAAGGGCCUGAGGGAUGUAUGCUCCCCUCCAACUCUUCUUCCUGUAUCUUUCUCUCUUCUUUCGCAAUGCUUUUUACUUUUCUGCAUCUUCCUUGCUUCACACUCAUGGUGACCUGGAAUUCAAAUGCAGUUCAACCAAAUAACAGCUCUUUGAAUGACUGACUUGAAAUGCACAACAGCAAGAAGCACAUGUUUCUCAUGUUCUGAUUGUACUCUUACAAAGUGUCUUAGUGCUUUUCUCUAGAAUUGAUAUCCAUCAUGCAUUCAAGUGCAAACAAUGGAAGGGACUCCACUACUUAGAAAAAAGACUUCUACAGUCUUACUACGUAUCUUUUUCUUCAGAGUUGGUAAACUAAAUUUUUGUUGAAUUUAAAGCGUUAACCACCCAUUAGAUAGAUUUAAUAUAAAAAUAUAAAAAUCCUGCAAUCUUUACAGUGAUGUGAAUAAUUGUGCCCUGCGAAUGCUUUGAAAAGAAUGUAAACUUUUUUUCCAUUUCAACAACUCAACAACCUUAAUUCAUCUCAUUUAAUGGUUCUCUUCAACUUUUUAAGGAAUCUGUUUAAUCACUGAUGUUUCACCCUUUGGAAGAUCAGUAUUCACGUUUGCCUUAAAGACAUUUUUUUACAGUGGUGUAUUUGAAGACUGUCCAUUGGGGAACAAAAAACAGAUAAUGAACAACACCCUCUCCUUCCCCGCUCCUCCACACUGCUUGCCUGAAGGUAUCUAUCAGCCUAAUCAAUUUAAGGUCUGUUUGAAGAUUGCCUUGACUCUGAGAGACGCAUUGCAAAACGCAAGUUUUUGCUCCCAUCACUUACGAGUCAAGCCUAUUUUCUUUUCCAAUAAAUCACUUUAGAAGAGAUCUAACUCAGUUUUCCCCUAUACCUUCAAGAUCAGGUUGACCAAAUGUCCUAAAAAAGGACUGAAUGAAAGCUAAAUGUGUUGAAUUAAUGAACUAGAUCUUUAAUGAGGCAGCUGAAUGAAACAAUAUAUCUGCUAUGUAUUUAAGAGCACGUAAUACUAAUGUGUGUCUUUGUUUUUGUCAGAUAUAUAUUUAUUGUGGUUGAUUGUAUUUAGUCAGACUUUUUAAAUGAAUGAAUACUUGGUCAGGCAGAAACUGUGGAGCUGUGUUGUUUUUUUUUUUAAACCAGUGUAGAUAUACAUUUAGAUGUUGGGAAUUUAUAAAGCGUUACAGCUACUCUGAUUUUAAUUCAGUGUACUUAAACAGUUAACAGGCCUUACAGAGCAUUAGUAGACAGGAUUAAAGGAGAUUGCCUACAACAUUUCAACCAAAGACAACUGAAACAAUAUCACAGGAAGCAAAGCUUAAAGCAGUCAGCUUUAAGGUAUAUUUGCUCCAUCUUACAACUGAACUAGAAAGACAAUUCAAUAAAACUCCACCGGGACUUGAAGUACACAUGAAAAACAAUAGGAUGGAAGAUUAAACAGGGAACUGAUAUGAAAUUCUGUUGCAUCUAUUCCUGGAGUCUCUUGUCAGGAUUAUUGCAGUUCCUGACUUUGAUGUAUGAAGAAAAAUAAAUCAAUUGCCAGUGUUGUUAGCGCACGUUUUUGUUUGCUUGAAAUACCUGUUUGGUGCAGUCAAACAUGAGACACUUAGAUAGGCAUGAGUACCACCACCUGAAGGCAUACUUCAGUGUUGGCAGUGUUUUUGUCUCACAUCUUGCAAUUUUUUUUCUACCAUGUUGAAGACAACAUAGCCCCAUGUUGUUCUUGCACACACACAUACACACCCACACACACACUCCUGCCUGGCUGUAACUAAAUGCAAGAGAAUUGCACAGCCAUUUCUGUCUAAAAAUACAAAUGGUGAUUUAAAAGUGUGCCUGACCAGACUUUCACUUGCCUGGAAAAUAUCAUUACCAUGGUUACCUUUUUAAGUAGCAUUAUAAUGCUGUUUGAGUGCUCUUAAAACUACUGCCCUCUCAUUCUCCUGGAGUUCAUCUGAUCCUGUAUCGCAGAGAUGUGAUUAAUAAAGGAUUGUAUUAGAAACAAAACCUGCUGCUCAAAGAGAAUCACUGUAUUUGAUGUUGAUUCUCCAUAAAAUCAUAUGAAAGAUGCUCCAUUA